GUUCAUUCUUUUAAAGGAAAUUUACUUUGGGAAAAACUUUUCACGCAAGCUCACUGCUCCUUCUGCUUUGUCUUUUUCCUUCUCCCUCUUCCAGACCAGGAUGAGAGAGCAGCAGAGCUCAGCAGGGAGCAGAACGAGAAGACCAUUCGCAGCACACAGACAGCUCUCCGCAAUUUCCGGGAGUUCCUCAUCUCUAAGUAUCCCUCUGAGACCCGAGAGAUCUACGUCAUCCCCUGCAAAGAACUCGAUGCCUACCUUGCUUCAUUCUUUGUGGAUGCCAGGCAGAAGGAUGGGUCUGAAUACGAGCCAAACAGUCUGGCCAACUAUCAGUGUGGGCUGGAGCGCUAUCUGAAGGAGCACAGGUAUGGAUACAGUAUUACCAGGGAUAAGGAGUUCAAGAGGUCCCAAGAAGCCCUAAAACAAAAGCAGAUAGAGCUGAGGUGUAAAGGUAAAGGAAACAAGCCGCACAAGUCCAUGAAGCUCACCUUUGCUGACGAGCUUAUCCUGCGCAAGAGAGGCUUGUUGAGCCGGUACAAUCCUGAAGGGCUCUUAAACCUUGUCUGGCUGAACAACACUAAGGCAUUUGGACACUGCACAGGUUUUCAUGGGUCCACCCUCAAAUGGGGAGACAUCCGGCUGCGGGUGACAGAGACUGGGUUGGAGUACCUGGAGUGGAUGGGACCAGACAAUGGAGAUAUCAAUGCCAAGAGCAAGAGAGGUGGGACAGACUCUCGAGUGUAUGCCACCCAGCACUCCCCACAGACCUGUCCCGUGCAAGACUACAAGGAGUACGCCCAGAGGCGGCCUCCAGCCAUGCGCUAUGAGGAUGCACCUUUUUACCUGUCAAUCAAGCCCGUUGUCAACUUAGCUGCCCUUCACUGGUACAACUGCCAAGCUCUGGGGAAAAAUAAGCUUGCCAAGAUGGUAAAGACAAUGUGCGAGAAGGGCAACAUCCCUGGCAGGAAGACCAACUUCAGCGUCUACCAGAGCUGUAGCACACUGUCAGAAGCUCAGAGCAACCAGCUUGUGCUGAUCUGCAAUAACUUGAGCCAGCAGGCUGCCCAGUCCAUGGCAAGCCAUACCAAUACUGGCAACUUCAUAGUGUCAGCAUCCUAUGACUCUUCUUCUGACACAGCUUGAAAGAGGGGUAUAACCUGGACAAAUUUUUCUCUUCUGUUUUGUUUCAAGCAUUGAGUUUGUGCCCAAUAAUACACAUCAGCUGUGAUUGUACACUAUUUUCCCAUAGCCCUCUCUCCAGUGUUAAUUCACUUUAUAAAAAUAUAUAAAUAUAAUAUAUUUUUUUAUUUACAGUAUAAGUCAAUAGAGAUUAGUUUAGUAAUACUAAUAUAGUAU